GUGUGAGGUGUCCAAUCAAUUAUCAAAUUACUUUGGGGAGAAGUGAGCGUCAAGCAGCGGACUCAAUAUGGCCCCUAAACCUCCUCCUGGCACAUCUACCAGAGCGUGGGAUGCAGUGACACCCCCUCUCUCGGAAUGGGUACUCGACGCCGUCUCCUCAAUGGGCUUCACGCGCAUGACCCCCGUCCAGGCGUCGGCCAUUCCUCUAUUCAUGGCGCAUAAGGAUGUGGUGGUGGAGGCAGUCACUGGCAGUGGCAAGACCUUGUCUUUCUUGAUCCCCGUCGUUGAGAAGCUUUUGCGAUUGGAGGAGCCUCUCAAGAAGCACCACGUCGGCGCAAUCAUUAUCUCUCCCACCCGAGAACUCGCUACUCAGAUCUACAAUGUCCUGACCUCGUUGCUUGCCUUUCACCCUCCAUCUGCCUCCGUGCUCAACCCCGCCGAAGACGCCGAUGCGCCUCGUCCCAAACACCUCUCCUCCGCCCUGAAGGUGGUCCCGCAGCUUCUCCUUGGAGGAUCAACGACCCCCGCGGAGGACUUGAGCACCUUCUUGAAGCGGUCCCCGAAUGUGCUGGUGUCGACACCAGGACGGUUACUGGAGCUCCUCUCCUCGCCCCACGUACAUUGCCCCCAGUCUUCGUUCGAAAUGCUCGUCAUGGACGAGGCCGACCGACUGUUGGAUUUGGGAUUCAAGGACACACUGCAGAACAUCCUGCGUCGACUGCCCAAGCAACGGCGCACCGGUCUCUUCAGCGCCAGUAUUAGCGAGGCAGUCGACCAGAUCGUGCGAGUUGGUCUGCGCAACCCGGUCAAGGUCAUGGUCAAAGUCAAGGGCACGUCAGGAGCCCAGGAUAAGCGGACACCGGCCAGUCUCCAAAUGACCUACCUCACCACCUCACCCUUACAUAAAUUCGCGACCUUACCCGCCCUCCUCCGCUCCGUCGAACCCACCCCCCAGAAAACCAUCUUCUUCGUGUCCACCUGCUCCGGCGUCGACUACCUCGCGGGCAUUCUCCCCCUGAUCCUAGGCGAGGACUUCCAGCUGAUUCCGCUGCACGGCAAACACCAAGCCAACGUGCGCGAAAAGAACUUCCACCGCUUCCUCAACUGCCACACGCCCGCCAUCCUGCUCACCACCGACGUCGCCUCCCGAGGACUGGACAUCCCCUCGGUCGACCUCGUCGUCCAGAUUGACCCGCCCUCCGACCCGAAGACCUUCAUCCACCGCUGCGGCCGGGCGGGCCGCGCCGGCCGGAAGGGUCUGAGCGUGGUCCUGCUCCACCCGGGCCGCGAGGAGGACUACGUCUCCUUCCUCGACGUCCGCAAGACGCCGGUCGUCCCGUACCCGAAACCGCUCACCGUCUCCGACGCCGACGCCGCCGCCGCGACCAAGCGGGCUCGCAAGGCCGUGCUCGCCGACCGGGCCCUGCAUGACCGCGGCCAGAAGGCGUUCGUCAGCUGGCUCCGCAGCUACAGCAAGCACCAGGCCAGCAGUAUCUUCCGUGUCGCCGACGUCGACUGGGAGGCGCUGGGCAAGGCGUGGGCCCUGCUGAAGUUGCCCAAGAUGCCGGAGCUACGGUCCUUCACGGGCGACCGGACGCUGGGCGUCACGCUGGACUGGGACACCUUCACCUACAAGGAUAAGCAGCGGGAGAAGCGCCGCAAGGAAGAAAUGCAGGAGAGAGCCGAGCAGGCGGCGGCGGCGGCUAACGAGGGCGAUGAAUCCUCCAACAAGCGACGGGCGACCGAAAGCGCUUCCGCAUGGAGUAAGAACCUCGAGACACGGAAUAAGAAGCAGAAGCGCAGAGAGGUGAAGCAGGCGCGGGCUCAGCAUACCCGGUGGGAGAAGAUGACUGAGGAAGAGCGACAGAAGGCUCGCGAGACAGAACAGAUGGUGGAGCAACUCCGUCUCAAGAAUGAAGAGGAGCGUCGACUGCGGCGCGCAGCCAAGGCGGCCGAGGGCAAGGGUGAUGCCAAUGCUGAGGAUGACGAGUUCGAAGGUUUCGAUUGAACUGACAUCAUGUAACCUGGUUUUCC